CUGUGGCCACGAGCUCGAUGCUCGCGUAGGUAGUGAGUGACUUCUUGCGAGUGGACUAAAAAACGGGAUUUUGCUUUUUUUUCGUACGACACACGAUAGAGAGAAGGAACGAAGGAGAGUGUCUCUGGUGGCGCGGGGUUUUGUCGUUCCGCUGGAAAAAAAAACGUCUGCAGACAGAGAGAGAGAGAGAGAGAGAGAGAGGAAGACGAGAGGGCAAGAGGGAGAGAAAGGGAGUUCGGGAAAGCGAGUGAGAGAGCGAAAAACCAGUGGCUCGAGACGCGAAUUUCUCUCGGUCGGUCGUGAACCACGAAAGUUUUUCCUCUAGUGGUCGAACGACGGGGAACGCAAGAGGGAAGAAGAGAAAGCGAGCGGGAGAGCGAGUGGGCCCGUGUCGGUGAGUGCAUGUGUCCGAGUUUGAAACGGGUCGAGAGCGUUUAACGGGCUAAACAAGCGGCACGGUCGGUGUUAUGCGUCGGUGGUACAGUGGUGGUUGACAGUGCUUGGUGAAGGUGACAGUGACAGGGUCUGCGACAAGGACGGCGAGAAGGACGACGGCGACGGCGACGAGGACGAAGGCAAUAGGGUGGACAGGGACGACGACGAAAACGCGAACGAAGACGAGGCCGAGAACCCAGGAGGGUGAGAAGAACGAUCACGACUGCGAGGACGACAAGGACGGGGCAUUCUCGUCAUUAACGAGUCCACCAGUUACGCUCUACACACGAGAUAAACCAUGUGAAAAAGUCCUGCACUACCGAGAGAAUUCGAUAAAAAACUGCAGGCAUGAUCUGGCCGUAUUGACGAGCCAGGAAAGAACAGAGGUAGAGUCUAAGCGAGACGGAGAGAGGGCGAUAGAGCCAGAAAAGAAGCUGCAACGAGAGAGAGAGAGAGAGAGAGAAAGAGCAAGAAGGAGCGAGAGAGCUGGCUCAGCCAAGGGUGUAGUAAGUAAAGUCAUAGAGGCCACAGGCUCGAUAUAAAAGCCCAGUGUAUGCAUAGGAGAAAAAAAAGCAAGUAAGGCCGAACCAGUGCAGCGCCAAAAGUGCGAAAAGCAAGACGUAACCAGGAGGCACAUAUAUACACGUACAUAUAUAUAUUUGUAUCUACGUAUAUGCAGAAAGAGAAUAAAAACAAGAGAGGAACGACACGACGAAGCCAGGAAUAGUCGCGAGGGUGAACGAAGUGGACGAGGCAGAGGACGAAGAAGAAGACGCAGGAUCCCCGCAGGAUUUGUGCGCUUUCCUUAAGGAGGCAUAAGCGAAGAAGUUCAGUUUUAAAAGGUGCACCCGAGGUGUUGACCGGGUUUGUGUGUUUAAGUGGUCCCGUGUAUACGGGGGGUGACACGGGAAUCGCCAGCAGGGCAGAGGCUCGAACGCAUGUAGGAACAUGGCCGCAUCCAGCCCCUGCCUCCCUCUAGAGGUUGGCAGCAGCGCAAGAGGCGGCACAAAAGGACUCUGGAUACGCGAGUCAGUACGGGAGAAGGCAGAGGUUGGCCGGACUGAGUGGUCUCGGUGACUGGGCUAGCUUUGGAGGGGAGGGACCUGGUCUGCUGGUAAUGCCGCCAGGCCGGGAUCAGAGUGGGGCGGGUGGGGGCGGGGGCAGCAAGGGCCCCUCGUCCCUGUUUAUCCUUAGCCACGAUAACUGCAUACGUAAACACACCCGCUUCAUAAUAGAGUGGCCGCCCUUCGAGUACGCCGUCCUAAUUACCAUCAUCGCAAAUUGCGUUGUACUCGCCCUCGAGGAGCAUCUGCCAAAGCACGACAAGACCAUUCUAGCCCAAAAGCUCGAGACAACUGAAAUAUACUUCCUCGGUAUAUUCUGCGUCGAGGCGAGCCUCAAGAUCCUUGCCCUCGGCUUCGUUCUCCAUCGUGGCUCUUACCUUCGCAACAUCUGGAACAUCAUGGAUUUUUUCGUCGUGGUGACCGGGUUCAUCACGGCGUUCCCGCAAGGCUUAAAACUGGAUAUGGAUCUGCGCACGUUGCGUGCGAUACGCGUGUUGCGACCGCUCAAACUAGUCUCCGGCAUACCGAGUCUACAGGUGGUGCUAAAGUCAAUCAUCAAGGCGAUGGCACCUUUACUGCAGAUCGGAUUGUUGGUACUCUUCGCCAUCGUGAUAUUCGCCAUUAUCGGUCUCGAGUUUUAUUCGGGCACCUUGCACAAAACGUGCUACAGCAUAGAAGACGUCAAUAAAAUAGUAAUGGACGGGGAAGCGGCAAGCCCGUGCAACACCGAUGACCAGCCUGUUGCACCGCCGGGUGCCCACGUAUGUAAUCCCAACGUCUCGGUAUGCAUGGAUCAGUGGGAAGGACCAAACAACGGCAUCACGAGCUUCGACAACAUCGGCUUCGCCAUGCUCACCGUCUUCCAAUGUAUCACAAUGGAGGGCUGGACUGCCAUAUUGUACUGGACGAACGACGCUCUUGGCAGCUAUUUCAACUGGAUAUACUUUAUACCAUUGAUCGUCCUCGGGUCUUUCUUCAUGCUGAAUCUAGUUCUCGGUGUGUUAAGCGGAGAAUUUGCGAAGGAGAGAGAAAAAGUGGAGAACCGACAGUCCUUCCUGAAGAUGCGAAGGCAUCAGCAACUGGAGAGAGAACUCAACGGAUACGUCGAGUGGAUAUGCAAAGCAGAGGAAGUUAUACUCGCCGAGGAGAGGACCACGGAGGAAGAGAAGAUGCACAUAAUUGAAGCAAGAAGGAGAGCUAUGAAAGCGCAAAAGAAGAAGUUAAAAAAUCUCGGGAAGAGCAAGAGUACGGAUACGGAGGAGGAGGAAGGGGAAGACGAACAGGGUGAUGUGCCUAAGAAAAAACUGAAAGGAUUCUCGAGAGCUUCCUACCUCAAGUCGAGAGUCAGGAAUCAGGGUGCCUGUCUGCAAUUCUGGCGUGCAGAGAAGAGAUUUAGGUUUUGGAUACGACACGCCGUUAAAACUCAGUCGUUCUACUGGUUUGUCAUCGUUCUCGUAUUCUUCAACACCGUUUGCGUAGCCGUCGAACAUUAUCAUCAACCACCGUGGCUCAGUGAUUUUCUCUUUUACACCGAGUUCGUGUUCCUUGGUCUCUUCAUGUGCGAGAUGUUCAUUAAGAUGUACGCCCUGGGUCCUCGGAUCUACUUCGAAUCGAGCUUCAAUCGUUUCGACUGCGUCGUUAUUUUGGGAUCGAUAUUCGAGGUCAUAUGGUCGGCGGUGAAGUCCGGCUCUUUCGGCCUCUCCGUCCUUCGUGCCCUGCGAUUAUUAAGGAUAUUCAAGGUCACCAAAUACUGGGCAAGCUUGAGAAAUCUCGUGAUAUCUCUGCUUAAUUCGAUGCGCAGUAUUAUAUCCCUCCUCUUCCUGCUCUUCCUCUUCAUUCUCAUAUUUGCCCUCCUCGGGAUGCAACUUUUCGGCGGACAGUUCAACUUUUCGCAGGGCACGCCACCAACCAACUUCAACACGUUUCCCAUCGCGUUGCUAACUGUCUUCCAAAUCCUGACCGGUGAGGACUGGAACGAGGUCAUGUAUCAGGGCAUCGAAUCUCAGGGUGGUCACAAAAAUGGGGGCAUGAUUUACUCACUAUACUUCAUCGUCCUCGUGCUCUUUGGCAACUACACCCUGCUGAACGUCUUCUUGGCUAUCGCCGUCGACAAUCUGGCCAAUGCCCAGGAGUUGACUGCAGCCGAAGAAGGCCAGGAGGAGGAGGACAAGGAGAAGCAAAUGCAGGAGCUCGAGAAAGAGAUGGAGGCGUUGCAGAAGCCGACUGACGGAAGUGCUCCCAAAGUGGAAAUAAGCCCGCCAAGUCCGACGCAAAACUUCAAAAGUGGGAAAGGCGGAAAACAGGCGUCCGAAGAGAAGAAACAGGAUGACGAAGACGACACGGGACCAAAACCAAUACUGCCAUACUCCUCCAUGUUUAUACUAUCUCCGACGAACCCUGUAAGAAGAGGCGCCCACUGGGUCGUGAAUCUAAGAUACUUCGACUUCUUCAUAAUGGUCGUAAUAUCACUGUCGAGUAUCGCUCUGGCAACGGAGGAUCCUGUUGACGACGAUUCGCCGAGAAAUAAAAUAUUGAAUUAUUUCGAUUUCGCUUUUACGGGUGUUUUCACGAUAGAAAUGAUUCUCAAGGUCAUUGAUUUGGGAAUCAUUCUCCAUCCUGGCUCGUACCUACGAGAGUUUUGGAACGUUAUGGACGCGGUUGUCGUAAUAUGCGCGGCUGUAUCUAUGGGCUUCGAUAUCAUUGGUGGCGAAGCCUCAACAGCAGGACAAAAUCUCUCGACGAUCAAGUCGUUGAGGGUGUUGCGAGUGCUUAGACCAUUGAAAACUAUCAAAAGAGUGCCGAAGCUCAAAGCUGUAUUUGAUUGCGUCGUUAACAGCUUGAAGAACGUCAUUAACAUUCUCAUUGUGUAUAUAUUGUUCCAAUUCAUUUUCGCUGUGAUCGCCGUUCAGCUGUUCAACGGCAAGUUCUUCUACUGCAACGACGAGAGCAAGUUCACGUUUGAAGAUUGCCAGGGGGAGUUUUUCAGCUACGAGGAUGACUCGUUCCUGCCAAUACCGAAGAAACGUAAAUGGCAACCGCAGUGCUUUCACUACGAUAACGUGAUGGCCGCGAUGCUCACGUUAUUCGCUGUACAGACGGGCGAGGGUUGGCCACAAAUUCUUCAACACUCGAUGGACGCGACCCACGAGGACAGGGGUCCUAUACACAAUUUUAGAAUAGAAAUGUCCAUAUUCUACAUCGUAUAUUUCAUCGUGUUUCCAUUCUUCUUCGUAAACAUAUUCGUCGCUUUGAUCAUCAUCACCUUUCAAGAACAAGGCGAGGCGGAACUUCAGGACGGCGAAAUCGACAAAAAUCAGAAAUCAUGCAUAGACUUCACGCUAGGGGCAAGACCCCUCGAGAGGUACAUGCCCAAUAAAAGAAACAGCGUAAAGUACAAAAUUUGGAGGAUAGUAGUAUCAACGCCGUUCGAGUACUUCAUCAUGAUACUCAUCGUUCUCAACACACUUCUACUUAUGAUGAAAUAUCACGAGGCGCCGCCAGUUCUAGUGGACAGCUUGACCAUCGUGAACAUGGUCGUCACCCUUCUUUUCUUCGUUGAGUGCAUCCUUAAAAUCAUCGCCUUCGGAUGCAAGAAUUUCUUCAAGGACCCUUGGAAUACUUUCGACUUCAUCACGGUCAUCGGUAGCAUAGUGGACGCUUUAGUCGUCGAAUUCGGGGAGAACUUCAUCAAUGUUGGCUUCCUAAGGCUCUUUCGUGCCGCCAGACUGAUCAAACUUCUCAGGCAGGGCUACACUAUACGAAUUCUACUAUGGACGUUCGUGCAGUCCUUCAAGGCACUGCCUUACGUCUGUCUACUCAUAGCAAUGCUGUUUUUCAUCUACGCCAUUAUCGGCAUGCAGGUAUUUGGUAACAUCGCACUUGAUCCGGAUACGUCGAUCUACGAACACAACAAUUUUCAGAGUUUCAUUCAAGCUCUGAUGUUACUAUUUCGAUGCGCGACGGGGGAAUCGUGGCCAAAUAUAAUGCUUUCUUGCAUAAAGGGCAGACAAUGCGACGCGAGAGUACGAAAAGAAGAGCCCGAAGGAUGCGGUUCGAAUCUCGCCUACGCUUAUUUCGUAUCGUUCAUCUUUUUCUGCUCGUUUCUAAUGCUGAAUCUUUUCGUCGCCGUAAUCAUGGACAAUUUUGACUACCUCACGCGCGACUCAUCGAUCCUCGGUGCUCAUCAUCUCGACGAAUUCGUUAGAAUAUGGGCCGAGUACGAUCCGAAUGCAACGGGCAAAAUACAUUUCACCGAAAUGUAUGAUAUGCUCAAAAACAUGGAUCCACCGUUGGGCUUUGGUAACAAGUGCCCGAAUCGUCUCGCCUAUAAAAAGCUCAUUAGAAUGAACAUGCCAGUCGAUGAAGAUGGCAAAGUCAACUUUACAACGACCCUAUUUGCCUUGAUUAGGGAAAACCUUAGCAUCAAAAUGAGAGUCGCCGAGGAGAUGGAUCGAGCAGAUGAUGAACUACGGGAAACGAUUAGAAAUAUUUGGCCUCUGCAAGCAAAAAAGAUGCUGGACCUUUUGAUACCUAGGAAAGAAGAAUUAGGCAAAGACAAGCUCAGUGUUGGUAAGAUAUACGCCUGUUUGCUGAUAGUCGAGAAUUGGAAAGCGCCGAAAUUCGGACAAUCCCAGGCCGGCACACAGCGUUCGACCUUGUUCAACUGCCUGAUGGAUAUGGCCGGUGCGAAUCAUACUGGGAAUAAUCAUCACGGGACCGGGAGCAGAGCAAACAGCCUCGAACCUCCAAUCGUUCACGACGGAAAGUCUGACCAUCACCACAGAGGUUCGAGGGACGAGGAUGAGGGCACGAUCGGGGCCCUUGCCGCGGCCGAGCGAAGACGACAGCGUAGCAUCAGAAACAAAAAGGUGAACUGGAAGAUGUCCCACCAGUACGAUAAACUAGGGAGCAGCGGAGAGAGUAGCCAGGGAGGGGGUGGGUCUGGGGUUGUAGUUAACGGCGUGGAACGCGCACCUGAGCUAGAGCCAUUGCUGGCUGAGUCCUCCCAGGACCACCACCACCAUCAUCACCAAUACUACGAUUACGAAAAUGAUCAAUACCAUCACCACCACCACCACCACCAUCAUCUUCACCGACCACCCUCGUACUAUCGACACCAGAACACCUACGCACCUCGCUCCUCAAUCCGUUACCUCAAGAUGGACCUACAGGAGGUCGUAGUUAGUGAUUCGCGAGCCGGAAGCUUCGAAAGCCUCACCCAGUCCGGCGAGAGGCUUCAUCCACAUCACCCCAAUGCUCAGCCUCCCAGAACUCGUUCUCGUUCACCGAGUCUCAGGCGAUCACCCGUCACGCACAGAUCACCAUCGCCAACGAGACGACAGAGAUUCGAUCAUCAUUCACACAACUACAUGGAUGGGCCAGGAUUCAGCGACACAGUGAGCAACGUUGUGGAAAUCCAGAGGCACACGCAUCAUCCACAUUCGUCACAGUACAAUCAUCGACACAAAAUAUUAGACUAUUACGACCACUGCGACUAUUACGACGAUGGUCCAUGGAGCGCAUCGGCGAGUCCGGCGCGAUCGCCGAGUCCGGUACACAGGAUGGAGCACGGUCGGCAUUACGGUACAACGAGUUUGGAGCAACGUUCGCGUAGCCCGAGCCCGAUCGCGGGCCGUCAAUCAUCACAUCCUGAUCAUCAUCAGUAUCCACAUCAGCACAGUUAUCCGGUGUUGUUGACGCGUCGUGGUCAAAGACGUAAAUUGCCGCAAAUACCGAAUAAACCAUCGACGUUACAACUUAAACCGUCGAACAUAAACUUUCCAAAGUUAAACGCGUCACCGACGCACGGUGCUCACAUCGUCCAGCACGUGGUUGUGCCACCGGGUGGUGUCGGAGGUACGAUGGGAGCGGUUAUCGGGCACGGAGCGACAACAACGGCGGGGACGACGACGACGGGCCACGUGCCGACAAUGUCGGCUAGCCACUGUCCGCUCAGUUUCGAGCAGGCAGUGGCAAUGGGUCGAGGUGGUCGUUUACUGCCAAGUCCGGUGCCGAACGGCUACAAGCCUCAGCCGUCGUCGCAGCAAACGAGUAAGCAAAGGACACCAAGAUCGAGGCACUCGGACAGCGACGAGGACGACUGGUGCUAGCCAAAGUGGGACCCUGGACGGUGGUCCGGUCAAGUGGACGCUUCGAGGGGCCUCUCGGCUUGUGCGUAAUCUCAAAAAACAAAAGGGAAAGUCGAUAAUAACUCCUACAGGAGAAUCUACGAUAACGCAAAACGAGAGAGAGGCACAGAGAGAGAGAGAGAGGGUGAGAGUGUUACGAAAGAAACGACCAUAAAGUUUGUUGAUGCGAAUUCCGUGUCACGGGAAUCGAGAUGAAAACUCGAUUUGCUACAUGGAAUCGUGAGAGAGUAGCCGGGGGUAGAUGAAAAGAGUGUGUGUGUGAGAGAGAGAGGAGACGGAGCGAGUGCCGAGGUCCUGGAAACAUUGGACCAGAAGCACUCGCUGAGCGCGAAUGCGGCCCGUCGAAUACGCGCGACGACCGGAAGGGGUCACGCGAAACACUCCCUUUAUUAUUGUCUCAUAGCACCAGAAAUAUAAAGGAAAGCGAAAAAGGAAAAUCGACGUUGAACGAUCCAACGAUUAUUCCGCUAAUCAUAAUUAAACGACAAUGAGAAAAGGAGAAAAGACGAUUUCGCGUUACCACAAAAUUGGAAAUUUGUGCAACGCGCGAACAAUCGAAUAUCGAGAGUGGGCUUUACUUAGUGCGAUUGAUAUUCGAGCUCGAUUUAUCGAUUCAUGCUCAUCGAUUCACGUUCGAGAGAAUUUUCACGAUAUCUCUCGGCGACAGAGAGUCCUAUAUUGCCUCGAUCACGUAAAACUACCGGAAAGUAGUAAACACGUGAAGAUUCACUUUUUAUACGAUUUUCUCGCGCGCGAUAACCGCUGAAAUAUUGGACUACGAAACACGAUCAUCCCACGAAAUCGUGAAAAUUCUCUCCGCUAACGACUAAAUCACGAAAGACACUCGAAAAACAAAAUGUUACGCAAUAACGCUUAACGUACUGACGCCACCCUUUCCCCGCCCCUCUCGAAUUUUCUUUUCGUCACGUCGAACGAAACCAAACUCGAAGACUCGUGUUGGAACUGCAAAAAAAAGUAAUAAAAUAAUAUUCGUUGGAAAAGAGACGCGAUUGCGGCACUUCGGAUCUAGACGCCUGCGCCUCGCGAUUAGAGAGCCGAAUAAUCGAAGAAAUCAGACACACACACACACACACACAAAUACACGCACCCACGUACACACUGGAAACAUUGCUGGAGCUGCAAAAGUGCUAGAAACGAAAUCGAAUGAAGAACUUUGAAAGAAACGUAAAAAAAAAGAAUUAAAAAAAAACAAAAACAAAAACAAAUAAAGUAAAACGACGAUGAGAUAGAAAAUAAAUGCCGGGAAAAUGAUGCAACAAAAAACAAAACAAACACGUUGAAAGACUCUAAUAAAAUUUUCCAUAGGUUUACGUAUUUUUCUCCCGUCUCAAAGCUCGGGCUUGCGCCAGCCCCAUAAAUAGCUAAAGUUUUAUCGUAUUCCAUAAUAAAUAUGUAUAUGUAUAUAAAAUCACGAAUUCAAACACACACCCACACACAACACGCAUAUAUAUAUUGCUAUAUAUGUGCGUACAUACAUACAUACAUACAUAUAUAUAAAUAUAUAUAUAUAUAUAUAUACAUAUUUAUGAACAAGAAAAAACAGAAAAUUAUGUAUAUAAACGUAUAUAUUGGGACUGAGAAGAAAGAAUGGGGUUAGCGAGGAAGGAGCUCACGUUCGAGCACGCCGGGUGAUCUCACGGGAUCGAAGAAACACAAGAACAAGUGAGAUAUGGAAAAAAACGUCCGGCUGGCGCUACUCGGAGCAGCGCUCGCCGUGCCUUCCCGUGAAGAUUUCCCAUAAAAACGUGAAAUAAAAGAAGAAACCCCGUAGAUAUCACUCUCGUGUUUUCACUACACUUUAAUUACAUUACAUAGAAAAAUCCGUAGUGUAUAAAUAAUUGGAUGAUAAAAAAUUGAGAAAAAAAAAAAAAGAAACAAAAACAAAAACAAAAUAUGAAACGUGAGAUUACCUUUCGUGAACGUUUGGAAGAGAGAAAGAGCGGGAGAGAAAGAGAGUGCGCGUUGAUACACGUUGAGUGCACGGAUCGAGCGACAGGUGCUGCGCGAGUGUUCGAAUGAGAUUAGAAACAAGGGAAAGAAAGGGUGCAGGAGAGAAUGAAGGAAAAAUAAAAAAAAGAAAGAAAAACGGUCACAACCGAAGCCAGCCGAGCUGACGUAUUCAUUUUACAAUGAAAACAAAUAAACGCAUAAGAAAAAUCGAGAAAAAUCGUAAAGAAAGCGAGAAAAUGAAGCGUCGUAGGAAAUGAAAAUAAUUAUUACUAGAUAAACAGGGUCUUGGGUUUUUCGUGAGUUGAAAUAAACUACGCCAAGUCGCGAUCGACCUGAUAGUAAUAACGUAUGAUAAUAUUCAGAACGAUACCAGGUUAAGAGAGAGAGAGAGAGAGGAAAGAGUAGCCUUAUUAUACUCCACUAAAGUUGCUCCAGCUCAUAUGCCAAAUAACUCGAUCUCAAAGAUCCACUGAAACACAAAAAUGAAAAUACUUGCUGAAGAUCGAAGAAGCGAAUGCACGUGAGGCUCGCAAUGCUGGUUUUAGAUAAAACGAUUUUCUCUUGAAGUUCAAUCGAGACCGCUCCAAAUCCGAUCAAUUAGACACCGAUUAUUCGACGUAAAAACAUAUGAUACAGUGCAAAUUCUGUUCGUCCAUACGAUUAAACUCCGUAGAAUGUCAAGGCCUCUUCUACUUUCAUUAAAAAUCUCAUUUAUCAAUCGAGCAUGUUUAUCUUCAUUUUCCCAUCAUGGAAUUUGUACUUUUAGUGUGAAAAUUUUUACAAGCCUCGUCGCUUAUCCGCUGUGUAGUUUUUUUGAAAGAUUCUUCAGUUUGAACGAGCAGCUUGAAAUAUUGGUAAAAAAUAAAAUUGGACGUGUCAGAAACUCGUGAAUUGCUGCAAAGUAACGAUAACAAAAAUGGAUUCUAAAAUAAAGGAAACCCACAGUAUUGUCAGAAGGUUGCAUCAGUUGCUGAAAAUUCUUGAGGUUCGUUAAAGGAGUUGAAAAAAUCGUGACGAUUUUUGAAAAGUCUUUACAUCAUUUUUUAAUAAAAUGUUUAAGCACAGAAUGAGACUCGAGAAGGAAUCGAUGAGUUCAAAGUAAAGAAAAUCUGCUACAAACCAAACGCGGAGUAAUUUUCACUCUAUCAUACGUUUUGUGCGAAGAUGUGAUCGAACUCAACAUUAUUUCGAUGAAAAGGAGAAAGAAACAAAGAAGCCGAGGAUGCCGGUCGAAUCGCGACGAUGCCUCGCUUACGGUGUGCCAAGUGCUGAAAAGCAAAACAUGACGAAUCGACACAAAAUACAAUUAGUUGAUUGCACGGUGUCCGUUUUCAGUUGCAUUUGGUUGGAAUUAAGAAAAAAAUAAAGAAUGAGCACAAGUGCAGACAGAUCCGGCGCCUUAACGACUAAACAGGAAGGGAAAGUUCCAGCUUCGAGCAAAUUCUACCUGCCCUGUAAAGGUAUUGGCUUAUGCAGGCAAGAAAAGAUGGAAAAACAGGGCCUGCGAGUUUGAACGCGGCGAUAAAAAUUUCGGGAAUUCGAGGAGUGGCACUGCGAGGUCGUAAUUUGAAAAGUUCCGACGAGAAAAUCUUUUAGCCACUACCGAAAAUUCGACUCUGAACCGGGAUUUUGGGACGAAAUAAGUUCGAAACGCUGGGCAUGCUCCGACCGUAAAUUUUCCGAACCGGAUCGCCGUGUGUCUGAAUUUCGUCCUUCGAUGUUACCACUCCUCGAUUUUCCAUACGUACAAUAGAAAGGGACUAAAAAGUGAAAAACAAAUUAACCUCGAGCUCAUAAACUCAUACGCUACCACUUCGCAGCACUUGUAAAAUAAAUAAAAAUGUUAAAAACGAAAGAAAAAUUAUAACUAUCACUGCUUAAAGUACCGUUACAAAUUCCGGCUCUUAAAAAACAGAAUUUUUAUCAUGAGACGUUAAUCAAUGCAAAGGUUGCUUCGAUCAUUGUUCUUUUAUCAUCGCUGUUAUUAUGGUUACGGUCAUGAGCAUUAUCAUUAUUAUUACCAUCAUGAUAAUACUUAUUAUUAUUGCUGUUAUUGUUACCGUACUUAUCCCAUCUGUCACAUAAACCAAAAGUAUUUCCAUUCGAAUUAUUACUGUUGCAAAUAUCUACUAAUUCGAUCGAACCGUCGUGAAAAUGGGAUCGAGAAAAAAAAUGUUGGAAAAACUUGAAAAAAAAAAGAAUCAAAUUGAAUAACAAAGACGAGCUGGAUCUACGUCGACGAGGCAAAGUUAGUCACGGCGCAAGGCAAAAGAACGAAAUUGGAAUGCAAAUGCGUUCAAAAUACUGCCAAUUGUGCGGGCUAUUGAGAGGAGAAAAACAAAUGAAGACGACAGAAAAUGGAAGGUAAAAGAAUUGAAUAUUUUGCGCUUACUGCGGAGAUGAAUGCAAAAAUAUUAGUAACGUAGGAGAAUGGAUGAUUAGAAUCGACGAAUCACGGUUUUAAUCGACUAAAAUUUAAGUAGCAAAAAAAUGAAGAAAAACAUUUCACGUGGCAACGACGUGGGGACUUAGUCAUUUCUCCUCAAUUGGACUAACGGGGAAGUGGCCAACGGUAAAAGAACUCGGGUCAUUUCGCCAUGCCUCUUCCUCGAAGGAAAAACGAAAUGAAAAUAAAUAGCCGAGCCUCUCAAGUAAACAAAAACGUCUACAUUACUGAUGACGUUCAAUCAGAAUCGCGCGAUAUCUGCCCUUAAGUGCUUUAACAAAAACAACAACAACAACAACAAACACGAAUAAGAAAAAGAAUGUAAAACUCAAUCAUCUUUCGAAUCGUUUCAUAUUAAAAAUUUCGCAUUUCAGUAUAGAUGUAAAUUUAAUAAAUAAACGUCGUUGAGUAAAUAUGAGGAGAAAACAAACCAUACCCGGCGUCGAAUAAUAAUAUCAUAGGUAUAUUCCUCCAUCGUAUUCCUCUGAUCUGUAGGGUGUAAAGUACGGAAUGAAGAAAGAAUGUUUAGUUGAUGGGAAUGCAAGCCUCGUAAUAGAAGGAAAAACAAUCGACCUCGUUUGAAAUAAAAAUAACUCGAUGACGAAUCUGAUCGCGCACUAAUCUCACCCUAAUCCGUGAUUAGAAGAAAAAAAGCCGUGCUAAUGUAAUAGUAAUGAUAACAGUAAUGAUAAUAACAAUAAAAAUAAUAACGAUAUUGAUAAUAAGGAUAAAUAUUGGAUGAUAAAUGUAUUGGGGGCACGGGUCACGGUUUCGUACUCUCACAGAGGAUCGUGUGAAAUUUCAUUAAAAAAAUGUUUUUCUGUGAUAAAUCUAAACAAAUCUUAGGCAACCCUUGGUCGCUACUAAUUUGCGACAAUUCGUACGAAUCGACAUACGUGUAAUAUAUAAAUAUACGGACUGAGCGAUCCCCUGAUGUGCGUUGCUCGACGAAUACCAGUGUGAUGAAUAAGUCGGAGGAAAAAUCAUUGGUGGUGGAAUAUGAAAGGAAAGAAAAAUAAAAAACGCCAACGAGGUUCGAAGGAGAGCUUGCGAAUGAAUUUUAGUGACCGCCUGUACGAAUGUGGAAUUUGACUGAGAAAUAUCGGCAUAGUUGACGAACUAAAAAAGGCAGAAAAUGGGCGAGAGAACGAUGAAGCGCGAGUGAAAAAUGGGAAGAAAGAGAAAACCACAAGAGUAACGAUGAACCCCGAAAUUAAUCUAUUACCUUAGACGUAACGCGAAGACCAAGAUAACUAACGAUGCGCUAUCGUAUAAUGAGACAAAAGAUCGUGCGCAACCUAGCGAGAGAAAACGAAACUAAUCCUCGAAUCUUGAUGCAAGAGAGUCGCUCCGAUCGUUGUCGAAGCCGAGAGUGAACAACACGGACUCUCGCAUAGAGUAUUAAAGAAAAGAGUAUGAGUGUGGGAGCCUGAUAACUCCGAAAAUAAAUUUAAAACGUACCUCGUACACUUGUAAAUAUUUCAAAAAAAUAUCGUUGAAUAACGGAAACGCGAAGUAUAAAAGUGACAUUUCUAGAACGUUGAAUUUUCCAGUCGGAAGAGGAAGCCAGAAUUAACCAUUUCUAUACCGUAAUUGUAAAACAAAAAUUAUAGAUCGCCAUCUUUCCUAAAACUUGAACAAAAAUAUAUACAAAUAAAGAAAUGAAAUAACAAAGCAACAAUACAAAAGGUGCGUGUACGUUGUCGCUCCUUCGUCCGAGUGUCGAGUCGAAAAAUUUCUUAAAUUCGAUUCACGACGUCUUUACGUUUCUCAUUGUUGACCAUUCCAAUUCAAUGUUGACUCGAAUUUACCAAGAAACAAAUUUUCAAAACAAAAGAAAUAAAACUCCUGCAUUCGGACUCGAGAAUUCCACGAUUCAUAAACAAAAGAAAAACCUGACAAUUGCACGAUGUUGCACACAUGAUUAAAAAAACCGUUAAUAAAUUGAAGAAAAAAUAACAAAUUAA